AUGCAUGAAAAACUUAUUGAUGUGAUCGAUAAACCUGCCAAGGAAGUCCCAAAUGAGGAUGAUGAUAAUGCCACCAAGAUUUAUCAUAAAUACUUGAAAGAAUGUCUUACUACCAAAUGCAUAAUUCUCACUUCUAUGAGUUCUGAGCUCCAGAGGAAACAUCAGGAUAUGGAUCCAACUGCAAUCAUUGAACAUCUUAAGAAGAUGUUUGGUAUACAAAGCAGGACGGCUAGAUACCAGCUAUCUAAGGUUUAUUUGGAUCUUUUGCAGUCACUCUCUGAAUCCUUUUCACAAUUUGUUAUUAAUUUCAAUAUGCAUAAAAUGGAUUGUGAUAUUCAUGAGAUAAUUAAUAUGCUAAUUGAUUAUGAGAAUCAACUUGCAUCUGAGAAGAAGAAAGGAACCGUCAUGUUGGUUGGAAAUUCUUCUAAGAAGAAGGGUAAGGGUAAAAAUAAACCCAAGAAGAAGCCUACUGCGCCUAAGGGUGGUGUGACAAAACUCAAAGACAAAAGAGGCAAAGCUGACCAAUCUGAUGCUGAAUGUUUCCAUU